AUGAUUUGCCUUGAACAACAUCAAGAGGAUUCUUCUUUGAUUGAAGAUUGCUAAAUAUAAACAGAAUCACUAUAAUUAAUGAAUUAGGUAGCUUAAAGUUCAGAAACAAUACCUAAUUUACCUAGAUUCAAGCCUAAAAAAUCUAGAUAAAGAAGAAAGCCAAUUCUCUUUGGAGAUAAGGAUCGUAGCAGUGCUUUAUAUAAAUAUAUAAAAGAAAAACAAAAAAAUUAUUUAGAUUCUAAGGUUAAAGCCUCUAAUUCAAUCUUUUCACCAGAAGAAGAUAGAAUCCUUCUGUUAUUAGUGAAGAAAUUAGGUCCUAAAUUUUAAAAAAUAACUAAAUACUUUCCUGGAAAAACAAUGAACAUGCUUAAAAAUCGUUAUUAUAAAAGUCUUAAAGAUUCAGAAGCUUCAAUAAUACCAAGAGAAAUUGAAGAAGAACUUGCAAUUAAGGAUAAAGAAAAAAGAGUUAUGGGAAGAAAAAUUAUUAAAAUGUGGCCUGAGGAAUAAAGAAUGACAGCUCUUAUUGAAAACAGCGUUCUCUUUCCUGAGGCUAAAUAGAAGAUUCAAAAUUUGUUUUUAACUUUUACCUCUAUUAUUGGGAACUGUAUGAAAUUUGUUUGA